AUGAGUUUUGACAAAAUCUCCAUAAAAGUUGACGACGAUCAUAUCGAUAACGAUUUCAAGGACGAAAUCAAUGAAAUUGAUAAUGAAAACGCUAUCGUUAAUGACAACGAUGUCGAACCAUAUAUCGAUAAACCUAUUAUAGAAGUAUCUCCAAAUGGAACAUAUCUUGUUAUAUACAAUCCAGAAGAUCAUUCAAUCGUUGGUUGGAAUGUUGAAGGUAUAGAAGAAGGGCAGUUUACUAAAUUAGACGCUCCUGUCAAAAUAAAUGAUUGUAUAAGUCAAAUAAGUGUUUCCGAUGAUAAGAAACUUGCGUAUACGUUUUACAAGAAUAAUAUGUGUUGUCUAAAGAUAAUUGAUAUUAAUCAUAAUCAGGAAAUUGAACUAAAUCUGGGCGCAAAUGAUUUUAUCGAGUAUAAAAUUAUUCGGAUUUUUUCUACGCAAACGAAAAAUAACAAAUGGUAUGGUGAAAGAGUUUACGAGAUACCUGAGUAUUUUGAAUUUAUAAAUAUAUCAAAAUAUGCCGAUAAAUUUUAUUUAUUUUCAAAUAAUUCCAUUUAUGAAUGGGAUCUUGAUACUGAAAGAGGUAUUAAAAUAUUUUAUGAUAGGGAGUUAGAGUCACAUUAUAUCAAGCGGGAACUUAAACAACUUAAACAUGAUGUCAAAAUUUCCAGUAAUAAAAUGUUUAUUUGUUUAAGAAUUAUGGAUAAAUUUAUUAUUUAUUCUAUUGAAUCAGCAAUUCCUAUUGUUUCUUUGGAUUUGAAUAAUGAUACAUCACUAUAUAAAUUGGUGAAAUAUUCCGAGUUAUUAUUACCCUCGUUACCCUCAUUACUUCCCCUACUAAGUAGUAAAACUCAAAAUUCUAUUAUGGAAUAUUGUUGGAAAGAAUGUUUAGACCGUUUAGGAUUAAAGGACGAACAUUUACAAACUCUUCCAAGUAACGUUCAAACUACAGAUAAAUACGCAUUUGGAAUUUUAGAUGGAAAUGUUUGGAAAAUUAAAUUAGAAGAAAAUAUACCAAAAAUAAAUUUUUCAUCCCAAAAUUCCGACGUACAAGUUAUUGAAGACAUUAAUGACCAUUUCGAUGAAUACUUAAAUAUUAAUUUAUUUAAAUCUUAUAUGAAUAAAAUACGUGAAUUGUUUCAAGAAGUAUCAAAUUCUAAAAUUGAAUAUGAAGGAAAAUUAAAACGAAAUGAUCAAAAUUUAGUUGAACGAAUUAUAAUAACUGAUAAAUUAUUACAAGUUUGGAAAAUUAAAAUUAUUGAUAAUAAUAAAAUAAUGUUGCGAGUUUUUAAAAAAGCAGAUAUUAGUAGCAAAUGGAAAUUAACUUACACGAGAAUAACAAAAUUUAACGUUAGUGACGUUCGAAAUAUUAAAUUACUUGAAAUUAAGUUAUUUACCGAUGAUGAUAUCAUUUUAAUUACAACAAUAGGUUUUUUAAUUUAUCACUAUAAUGAAAACAAGAAAACUAUUUUUUUAAUUUAUUGGAAUUAUAUGGAGUUAACCACGCCUAUGGUAAAUUUAAUUUCUGAAAUUCCGGAAGAUUUUAAAGAUCUUAAAGCAUUAUUAAGACCUUAUUAUACUUUACAAUUUAAUUUACCUUUACCAAAUUAUGAUAGUUUUAAAAUAAGUGAUGAAUGGAUUUCAUAUGUAAAAGAUAAUAAGGAAAAUCUUUUGAAAUACGGUGAUAAAUUAUUAUCAUUUGCAAUUAAAGAACAUAAAUUAUAUUUAAUAGAAGAAAUCUACAAAAAAUGUAUAGAUUGGUUUAAAGAAGAUUUAGGAAACAAUUGGAUGUUUUUAAGUAUUAUUUCUUCUACAAUGCCGCUAUUGAAUAAACAUUACCCAGAAUAUGUUCUAAGAUAUUCAUUAGAAACAACAAUGAUUAUAGAUCAUCCUUUUUAUAAUAUAGAAUAUCAGCAUACGAAAUCACAACUUUAUUCUUUUCAAUAUCUUCAAUUAGUUGAUUUAACUCGAUCUAUUUUAUGGUUGAAAUAUUAUAUGGUUUUAUUUAAAUUUCAUAAAAAUCAUAAGACUAUUAAUAUUGGUUUAAUGGAUUUAUUUUCUAAUAUUUAUUAUGCAUUGUUAUAUAAAUUAACAACAAGAGACACACCUACAAUUACUUUUAUAGUUCCCUAUAUUAAAUUUAUUAAUUAUCCACAACGUUAUAAUUGGUUUUCAGAAUUAAUUAAACCUCAACCUAGUCCAUUUGUUGAAACUACAAUGAACAGGGAUAUCUAUAAUACAUGGAAUGGAGAAGCUAUAAUUAAUUUUAAAUGGAAUACUUAUGGAAAAUAUUAUUAUUCAAUAAUUUGGAUUGGAUUUAUAGCUUUACUUGGAUGCUUUACUGCUGCUGCAACAAUUCCUCAACAAUAUAUUGAUGAUGAUAUUCGAAAAAAACUUUUGAUUGCUUCAAUUGUAUUUGGAUUUAUUCAUUUGAGUUUUGAAGUUCGUCAGUUUAUUUACAAUCCUCUUAAAUGGGUUAGUGAUUUUUGGAAUAUAUUUGAUAUAAUUGCAUAUGUGCUUCCAAUUUAUACUUCUAUUUAUUGGCUUCAAAUUGAUGAAAUGAAUGAUAAGAUAAUUUCAUUGCUUUCUUUUUCAUGUUUAUUUUUAGAUAUAAAAUUUUUAUUAUUUUUUAGAGCAUUAGAAUAUUUUGGCGUUUUUGCACAUGCAUUUUUUAUUUUAUUAUUACCAAGAUCUGAUUUUUCAUUAGAUAAUCGUUCUAUUAAUAAUGACCCUAAUAAUCCUUGGAAUAUGGCAUCAACUUAUAAUCAAAUAUUUGAAAAUGGAACUAUUGAUUCUAACCCAUUUUUGAUUCAACCGCCAAAUGAAAACACAAAUAUGUUUAUAGAUUUUAAAACAUCACUUUUUGCAACGUAUUUAUUCUUAACAGGAGAUUCAGGCGCAUUAUCUAAUAAUUGGUCAUAUUUAAACAAUCCACCGCUUGUAAUUUUGAUUGUCUUAUUCUCACUCUUGAUUGUUGUAUAUCUUAUGAAUUUGUUUAUCGGAUUACUCAGUAAUGCAAUUGAAAAAAAUAAUAAUAGAGUUUCUUAUUUGAAGCUGAAGGCACAGAUUCUAGCUGAAAUUGAGUUAUUUUACCUGUUACCACAUCAGAGGCGUUGGAAAGAAUGGUUUCCUGAAAUAAUAUAUUAUUACGCCAAUUUUGAUGAUAUUCGAAAAGAAGUUAAGGCCAUGAUGGAUCGAGGUGAAUGGAAUACUAAUGCAUUCCCGGAAUUAAAAAAUGAUUUAUUAAAUAAACUUAAUAUUCAACAAAAUACUGCACAAUGAGAUAUUGCACAAUAAAAUCCUGACAAUCAGGAGACUUUUCUUAUUAGGAGAAAUGUAAGACGUGAUUAUUAUACAAUUUUUUUUUUUUUUACAAGUUAGGAGGAUAAGAGUUUUUUAUUAUUUUUAAUUUGAUUCUACAUUUGUUCGCUGGAAUUAUAGAUUAUUACUUUUAUCUAUUUUGUAUUAAAUUUAUGUGAAAAUAU